AUGGCAGCUGAGACAUCUGGUCCCGAGAGCCAGCCGAAACCUGUUGCUGGGGAUGUCAUGCACGUCAUCGGCAACGGUCCAGCAGUUUUGCUGGAGGUCGUCAUGAGUGGCUCCGACAUCGUGGCCUACAAGGUACGAUAUCCGGAUGGUACUCAGGACAGCGUCAUUCCGGAGAAGGCAUUGCUGUGUGAAAGACGGAAGGAGGAUCCAGUGGGUCGAUCCUCCAGCAGAACUUCGCAGGGAAGGCCGUCUCGGGACGGCUGCGAAAGCCAAGGCCUCGCGUCGCAGCCGUCCCUGGAGAACCAGCCACUCGCCGAGCGGGAAGGAAGCAGCAAUCUCCCCAUGAGACGCCUGCUGGCGAGCCCGCGCGGGCCACGUCAGUUAGAGUACCUCGGCCGGGCCUUCGACGACGAGAGGCGCCUUUCGUGA